AUGCUUGACCUCUCUGCUCGUGUUGUAUAUCAACACCCUCAUCCACUGCUCUCCCGUCUAGUUUGCUUGUGGGUGGGCAAACGCCGCUGGACUCAAAAGAGGGCUCAUUUUAAACGAGCUAUUGCCAAGGCCAGCAAACAACGGGGCUUCACUGCCAAAGCAGAACGGGAAAACAACUGGAGAGUUACAGGAGGAUCCAUUGGUGCUAUAAUCUCUGGCCUUGAAUGGAAGCGCCUCCGCAGAAUUCUAGGGCUCAAUGCAUGGGGAGAACAGCUACUUUUCCGCAUUAGGCAUGGAGCUCUCUCGACUUGGAAUCCGAUCACACAAGUCCCCGGAUGUCCACACUUGCGGUGUGAAGGGCUGCGGCACUUACGGCUACACCACGUAUUAUUGGAAUGUUCGGCCGCCCAAAAACUCUGGAAAGUAUUCCUGACUCCUUGGAGAAGACUGGGAUUUAGAUCCGACGUGUCCAAUGGCAAGAACGUAUUCACACUUGAACUUCCUGAACUUGUGGGCUAUGGACACUGA